AUGAAUCAGCCCGCGGUCAGCCGAGACGUGGCAGCGACGCGGCCCCUGGACCUCCACACUGGGCUUUGUCCCCGAGAGCGGAGGUGGCCUCUCGCCGCCCCCGGCUCCCGCCUUCACCUAUACCCGGCCCCGAGCGGGCAACACCGUUCCUCCCGGCCCCUUUGUGCGGUGCGCACCCGCACGCCCCCCACGCGCCCGCUCACCGGCCGCGCCGCCGCCGUCGCCGCCGCGCGCACUUCCGGGCAGCGGGCGCCGUGGCGUCACCGACGCGCGUCGGCCGGCGACGAAUGGGAAGUCGCAGCAGAGCGUGGGCGGGGCCCCGGCGGGCUGUCGGCGCCGCUGCAGUCUCUUGACGGCGCGGCCUCUUGCGGAGCGCGGUUAGGGGCGUCUUCUGUGGCCCGCGGAGGCCGGGUGCUGGAGCUGCAACCACAGGCACAGACACGAUGGACAGAGUGCUGGCGCUCUGCUACUGAGUACGGUCAUCGGAAACUAGAGGAUCGCCAGAGCCAGGAUGUGAUCACCAUGGCGCCCACAUUACUGAUUCUUUUGUGGGCCACAGGGAUACUGCAAGUAGAUUUACUUCCUGAUAAAAAACUUGUGCUUCUCCCACCUGUCAAUUUCACCAUUGAAGUUGCUGGUUUAUCUCAAGCUCUUUUACGCUGGGAACCAAAUCCUGAUCAAGAAGGAAGGAACGUUAAGUUGGGAUAUCAUGUGAAAAUAAGUGCUCCACAAGAAGAAGACUAUGAAACCAGGAGCACUGAAAGCAAACGUGUAACCAUCCUUCACAAAGGCUUUUCAGCAAGUGUGCAGACCAUCCUGUGGACUGACCCCUCCCUCCCAGCAAGCAGCUGGGUUUCUGCUGAUCUUGAAGCCCCAGCAGGGUCUCCUGGAACCUCAGUUGUGAAUUUAACUUGCACCACAAACACUGCAGCAAAUAAUUAUACACAUUUAAGGCCAUACCAAGUUUCUCUUCACUGCACCUGGCUUGUUGGCAAGGAGGCUCCUGAGGAUACACAGUAUUUCCUCUACUAUAGGUAUGGCUCUCAGACCGAAGAAUGUCAAGAAUACAGCAAAGACACACUGAAGAGAAAUAUUGCAUGCUGGUUUCCAAGGACUUUUAUCAAUAGCAAAGGGCGUGACUCGCUUGCAGUGUAUGUUAACGGCUCAAGCAAGCAUGCUGUCAUCAAGCCAUUUGAUCAGCUGUUUGCUCUUCACGCAAUUGAUCGAGUAAAUCCUCCGGUGAACAUCACAGCACAGAUUGAAGGAACCUCUCUCUCUAUCCAAUGGGAGAAACCAGUUUCUGCCUUUCCAAUCCAUUGCUUUGACUAUGAAGUGAAAAUUUACAACACAAGGAAGGGUUAUGUUCAGACAGAAAAAAUGACGACCAAUGCAUUCACCUCAAUAAUUGAUGAUAUUUCUAAGUAUUCCAUUCAAGUGAGAGCAGCAGUUCGUUCCGUGUGCAGAGCGAUGGGGCUCUGGAGCGAGUGGAGUCAGCCUAUUUAUGUGGGAAACGACGAACAGAAGCCCUUGACAGAAUGGUUUCUUAUUGUGCUUAUGGCAACCAUCUGCUUCCUCUUGUUAAUUUUCUCCCUCAUCUGUAGAAUAUGUCACUUAUGGACCAAGUUGUUUCCACCAGUUCCAGCACCAAAAAGUAAUGUUAAAGAUUUCUUUGUAACCACCCACUAUGAGAAAACCGGUUCCAAUGAAACAGAAAUUGAAGUCAUAAGUUAUGUGGAAGAGCCUGGAUUUGAGGUCCUGGAAGAUUCUGUGUUUUGAUUGUCACUGUCACACACUCUCAAAAUGAACUCACACUCACAAGCCUCAGCUAGAAGAACAGAACGGGAGUGGCUGUUUCUUGGUGGACAGGAACUCCUAAUUCACUGAGCAUUCAAUUCAGCUGCAAGACAACACGCCCAGACAAAUCUCUUAAACAUGUGGAUGCCUCACCUAAACCUCCUCGCUCACUCGGGGCGAUGCAUUCUCCUGACCCUUCUGUCGUGUCUUCUCUCCCUACUCUGUACAGGGUAGCACCUGCCAGUCUUUGUGAUUUGCAUUACUUACCUCAACCUUUCUUGUGCAAGAGACAGUUUUUAAGGCUGUAGUCAACGCUAUUUACUGCUGGAGGUGCUAGUUUGACUGUUUAAGCUGCCAAUGCUCAGCUAAAAUCUCAGGAAGAAAGCAUUUUGCAUGAGCCUGCAGGGAAUCAUGAACUUGGAUUCAAGACGGUCUUUCCUAUGACAAAUGGGA